AUGCCGCUAUUAGGAACACCUUGUGAACUUGAUGAGGAUUGUGAGGGUACUGCAAAUACGAAAUGCUAUGGUCAUUGUGCUUGUCGACCAGGUUAUAGAGAAAAAGAUAGCAGAUGUGCAACACUUUUAGGCAACUAUUGUAAAAAUUAUGAAGAUUGUUGGCCCGAAAAUUCUGCAUGCAUUGAUAAUUCGUGUCAAUGCCAAUACAAAUACAUUUCUACUUUUAGUGAUAAAUGUGUACCAAUACCAGUGGAAAUUCCUUGCAGUGAUGAUUACGAUUGUAAUAGACUAUACCCAAAUUCAUACUCCGUAGAAAAAAAAUUUACUUGCGUAAGACAAUACUCUACCGCAAAACAAGGCAAGUGUCUUCCACUUCUAGGAGAAUUUUGUGAAACACGGAAACCAAAUGCUUGUGCAGUCGAGAACUCUAUUUGCUAUGACAACAAGUGUAUAUGUAAAAGUGGUUUCAUGGCUAAAUCCAAAGACGAAUGUGACUACAGUGAAUAA